UUCCCAAACUCGCUCGUUUCACCGCGAGGACACAGAGGAGAGAGAGAGAAAGAGAGAGAGGCCAGUCUGGAUCAACAGCUCGGCCAUCGAAGGUCUCACACACAAGAGAUGAACGCAUCUCUCUCCAGCUCCUCCAUGUCUGACUCCUGGACAGAGCGCUUUCUCUCCACUAACCUGGAAAACUAAGAAGAAGAAGAAGAAGGAGAAGAAAAGCUCCAGCAGAAGAAGACCAGCUCACUAAAACUGGAUGCAAUUAUCAUUUGUUGAGAGUGAAAACUGUCGCUAUGACCACCUUCCUGAAGAGUUUGCUCUGGAUGCUUUUCUUGUUUCCAAACCUGAGAUGUGAAGCUGAUCCAGGUCUGUCCCCGGAUACCGAUGGUCUGGCUGAAGCUCAGAGUGGAGCUGCACCCACUGGUGAAGUUCCUCAAGGGCAUUUCCUGGAGUUCCAGGAGCCGGUCAACAACAUCACCCACUUCCAGGGCCAGACGGCCACGCUGCACUGCAGAGUGACAGGAAACCCACGGCCGUCCAUCCGCUGGCUGAAAAACGACGCCCCUGUGGUCCAGGAGCAGGGACGCAUAACCAUCCGUAAAAUGGAGGCAGGAUCCAAGCUCCGCAUCCAGGACCUGGACACGACAGACACCGGCUAUUAUCAGUGUGUCGCCUCCAACUCGCUCAAGGUCAUCUCUGCUACAGGCGUCCUGUACGUCAAACUAGGACAGAUGCCCACACACAGUCCAGAUGAAUCGUCACGUGAAAAAGGUUUCUGCCAGCCAUACCGAGGCAUUGCCUGUGCUCGCUUUAUUGGCAACCAAAGCAUUUAUGUCGAGUCUCUGCAGAUGCAGGGGGAGAGUGAAAACCGCAUCACAGCUGCCUUCACUAUGAUCGGCACCUCCACCCACCUGUCGGAUCAGUGCUCCAGUUUCGCCAUCCCGUCCUUCUGCUACUACGUCUUCCCUCAGUGUGACGAGGGCUCUCGGGCCCCUCGGCGGCGUCAGCUCUGCAGAGACGAGUGCGAGGCCCUGGAGAACGACCUGUGCCACACCGAGUACACCAUCGCCCGAUCCAAUCCCAUGAUCCUCAUGCAGCUGGAGCUGCCCAACUGCAACCUGCUGCCGAGGCCGGGCACGCCUGAUGCUGCUUCCUGUAUGAGGAUAGGAGUACCGCCAGAAAAACUGGGCCCAUAUUCCCCGCCAGACCACAGCUGCUACAAUGAAGGUGGGGAUGACUACAGGGGCACAGUCAGCGUCACUGCGUCUGGUCAUCACUGCCAGCCGUGGAGCGCUCAGUACCCUCACGCUCACCACCUGACCCAGGACUACCCCGAGCUCUGGGGAAGUCACAACUUCUGUCGUAACCCAGGCGGCCAGAUGCAGGCGCCCUGGUGUUUCACCCUGGACCCUCAGGUCAGGGUGGACCUGUGUGACAUCCAACCCUGCAAGCCUCCAGAGAGUCCCAGGAAGGAGAUCCUGUUCAUUCUAAUCCCUGCGAUUGCCAUCCCGUUGGUCAUCGCUUGCCUCUUCUUUCUGGUGUGCAUGUGUCGCAAUAAGCAAAAGGACCCAACUGACACACUAAUACCUAGCCAGGAUGUGGAGCUGUCUCUCCUUAAUCAGCAAAAACACCCGGCCAAGCUGCGGGAGAUAAACAUGUCAGCAGUGCGCUUCAUGGAGGAGCUCGGCGAGGACCGCUUCGGCAAGGUUUACAAGGGCCACAUGUACGGCACCGCACCUGGUGAGCAGACCCAGGUGGUGGCCAUCAAAACAUUAAAGGACAAGGUCGACGCCGCUCUCGGCGAGGAAUUUCGCCACGAAGCCAUGCUCCGCUUACACAUACAACAUCAAAAUGUCGUCUGUUUGCUGGGUGUGGUCACCAAAGAGCAGCCGAUGAGCAUAUUCACCUACUCCGGCCUCGGCGACCUGCACGAGUAUCUGGUGAUGCGCUCCCCCAACUCAGAUGUUGGCAGCUCAGAUGAUGACAAGACGGUCAAAUCCACUCUGGAGCAGGCUGAUUUCCUUCAUGUUAUCACCCAGAUUGCUGCCGGGAUGGAGUACCUCUCCAGCCAGCAAGUAGUCCAUAAAGACAUCGCUGCCCGAAACAUUCUGGUCUUUGAAAAACUCAGCAUCAAGAUCCAGGAUCUGGGUCUGUUCAGAGACAUCUACUCUGCUGAUUACUACAAUCUCAUGGGCCCGAGCCCUUUCCCCAUUCGUUGGAUGUCCCCAGAAGCUAUUAGCUACGGCAAAUUCUCCACCGACUCCGACAUCUGGUCUUACGGCGUCUUGCUGUGGGAGACUUACAGCUACGGCCUGCAGCCGUAUUGCGGCUACUCCAACCAGGACGUGAUCGAGAUGGUGCGCAGCCACCAGCUCCUGCCUUGUCCGGACGACUGCCCCGCCUGGAUUUACACCCUCAUGCUGGAGUGUUGGAGUGAAUUCCAAGCGAGAAGGCCUCGCUUCAAGGACAUCCACACGCGCCUGCGCUCCUGGGAAAGCCUGUCCAACUACAACAGCUCCGCUCAGACGUCUGGCACCAGCAACACCACCCAGACCAGCUCUCUCAGCACCAGCCCUGUUAGCAACAUCAGCAUGAGCACGGCGAAUGCGUCACGCUACACCAGCCCUAAAAAGAGCUUGCCGUUCCACCAGCCCCAGUUCAUACCCAUGAAGGGUCAAAUGCAUCGGCCGAUGGUGCCGCCGCAGCUCUACAUCCCCGUCAACGGAUACCACCCCAUGCCAGCUUACCCAUACCUGCAGAACUUUUACCCCAUGCAAAUACCCAUGCCCAUUCCCCACCAGCACCAGCACCAGCAGCAGCAGCAGAUGCACCACCCGCCACAGAUGGUUACGAAAGCUGGUUCUCACCACAGCGGCAGUGGAUCCACAUCUACCGGCUACGUCACCACUGCCCCUUCCAACACGUCUGUCACAGAGCGAGCAGCUUUGCUAAACGACGACUCCACCAAGACCAAGGAUGAGGACUUGGCCGACAGAGCGUCCCACGAAGAGCCGGACCAAAACAAGGACUCGUUAGUGCCUGAAACAGAAUUGCUAGGUGACAAUGAUCCUCCACAGACUGACGAACUGGUGAUACACUUGUCAGACACAUAAGGUGUGGUGCUGUUUGAAGAACUGAAAUAUUCUGUGAGCUGAGCUUGCCAAAAAAAAAAAAUCAAUAAGCAGCAUAAAAUGAAGUGGAACAGUGACUGAAUGUUUUUUUUUUUUUACGAGUUUCUUAGAUUGUACUGACACAUUUGAAUGUCAAGUGUGUCUCAUGUUUGCA